UCGACUCACAUCACCUUCAUCUCCUCUCGCUCGCCGCCAUGCCUGGAGUCUACGGAGGCGACGACGUCUCAGCCGUGGUAUUCGAUGCCGGCUCAAGCCUGCUGCGUGGUGGAUGGGCAGGCGAGGACUCACCGCGAGUCGUCAUCCCUUCGUCGUACGGAUGGGUUCCCUCGGACGAGAACGAUGCUUCCUCUUCAUCGGCAGCGCCAGCUCCAGCCCCGUCAGCGGCAGCAGAAGGCGACGGAGAUGCGACUAUGGCUGAAGGCAAUGGCGAUGCCCCCAAGGAGGAGCAGGCUGUCAAGACCGAAGCUGCCGACUCUCGUAUUCGGGGUGCAAAGUAUCUCGCCAAGAAGGCGACUCCGGAUGCCAAGGGGAAGAAGCGAUUCUUUGGCGAUUUCGGCGUCGGAUCCUAUAGGAAGGGAACGGAGAUCAGCCCUACGGUUGUGGAUGGCAUAGUCCAAUCUGCGCCCGACCUCUACCACCUGCUAGACCACGCCUACUCAACGCUCGGAGCAGACUCAACUGAGCAUCCUCUCAUGCUGACUGACACUACCUCUUCACCCCGCGAAAUGCGCGAAGACCUCACUGAGCUCGCCUUCGAAGGCCUCGGCGUCCCUGCCUACUAUCUGGCAAAUUCCACCGUUCUCUCCUCCUUCAGCGCAGGCAAGCCCACUUCGCUCAUCCUCGACGUCGGCUAUUCAUCCGCGUCCGCAAUCCCUGUAGUGGACGGCUUCGUGAUCCGCAAGGGAAUCUUCCGCCAAAAUGACCUUGGAGGAGCAGCAGUCUCCCGUGCUUUUGCCCACGAGCUGCGCAACCCUCCGGCCAGGUCGCCUCGCGCCGGCGGGGCAAUCGAGGAGCUCAUCCCGCGCUACAGGGUCAAGUCGCGCAAGCCGGUCGAGGCGGGCAAGGAGGCGCAGUGGGAGCAACGCGAGGCGGCUUUGGGUGCCAGUCAGUCGUACAAGGCCUUCCAGGAGGGGCAGCUUUUGCAUGAGGUCAAGGAGUCGAUUGGACAGGUCCUCGACUCGCCUUGGGACGAGGGCUUGGCGCUCAGCCGACCGGCAAGAUCUUUCGAGUUCCCGAAUGGGUACAAUGACGUGUUCGGUAUUGAGCGUUACAGGGCUUCGGAGGUGCUGUUCAACCCGCAACUCUGGAAUGGGGUGCAGGGCGUGUUGCCGACCACUGCUUCUUCAGCACCUGGCACUCAACCUGCAGCAUCCACAGCCUCUUCAGCCAUCCCCCUGGCGCAAAUGGUAGUCGACUCCAUCUCCUCAGUCGACGUAGACAGCCGCGCCACCCUUCUAUCCAACAUCGUCUGCGUGGGCGGUACCACAUUCCUCCCAGGCUUCGUGGACAGGCUCUCGUACGAGCUCAGCAUUCGUCAGCCUGCUCAGCGUGUCAAGAUUCAUGCGCCGGGCAAUUCGGUGGAGCGAAGGCAUGCUGCCUGGCUGGGCGGGAGUAUCUUGGCUAGCUUGGGCAGCUUCCAUCAGAUUUGGAUCAGUAAGCAGGAGUACGAGGAGCAUGGCAGUCAAAUUGUGCACGCUCGCGCGAGGUGAGGUGGAGACAGGUUGGGAGAAAAUCGCUUGCUGUGCAAUGCAAUGCAAAUGUGACCAUGUUCGCGAUGAAUGAAGUU